AUGAAGUGUUUCCCGAGCGGCACUGCUGCCGGUCCUUCGCGCUGGUUUCCUGAGCACUUUGUUCACGCCGUUGAGUGCCCCACUCCUCAGACUGCUGCCAGAACGUUAGAAUCUCUCAACAGGGUUGUUAAUAUCCUCGCUGCCGGGCAAGCCCCUUCUAGUCUUUCUCCGUGGCUGUGCAGUGCGAAUCUCUUUGCCACCGCUAAACCCAAGGGUGGUGUCCGGCCUAUUGCGGUCGGCGAAGUGCUCCGAAGGCUCACUGCUAAAUGCCUUGCUAAAGCCGCCAACGCUGAAGCUCGUGAUUUUCUGUGUCCUCACCAGCUUGGAGUCGCUACCAGCGGUGGCUCGGAAGCCAUCGUCCACGCUACUAAAAUGACAGUCAAAAAGUGCUCGGAACAUGGUCACCAAGGCGUCUUAACAGUGGAUUUUGAGAACGCUUUCAACACGCUAGACCGCACCGAGAUCCUCCUUCAAGUUCGCAACCGUCUUCCCGGUCUCUCCGCCUUUGUUGAGUUUACCUACGGUCACCACAGUCAUCUGCUGUUCGAGGAUGUCAUUCUCAACAGCGAGAAAGGAGUUCAACAGGGGGAUCCGCUAGGGCCUCUCAUUUUUGCGGUCACCCUGCACUCUCUAGUCGAAUCUCUCAAGUCGGAAGUCCCCGGUCUCACCCUCAACUGCUGGUACCUUGAUGAUGGGAUUUGUGCCGGCGACGAAGACUCCUUGCUCAAGGCUCUCGAACUCAUCACUUCCAACGGCUUGCAUCUCGGCCUCAAAGUCAAGCACAAUAAGUGUGAGUUGUGGGCCCCUGUGGAGUUCUCCUCCAUCCCCGUCUCUAUCCCGAGAGCAGCGUCUAAUGGCUUCGAGCUUCUUGGCGCCCCCAUUGGUGAUACUGAGUUCUCAGUUAAAGUCCUGGACAAACGCAUCUCGAAGGCCACCAAAUGUCUUGAAAAGUUACCUCUUCUUGAUGACCCCCAGCUCUCACUUGGCAUCACUCGCACUUGCCUUGCUGCUCCCAAGCUGACGUACUCUCUUCGCACUCAGCCGCCCUCUCAGCCUGUCGCAGCUUCCCUGCAAGUUUUUGAUGAACUCCUCCGCGAUGCUCUUUCUGUCAUAGUUGGCUCACCUGUUCCUGAUCUUGCCUGGUCCCAGUCUUCCCUGCCUAUCAAAGAUGGCGGACUUGGCGUCCGGCAAGCUCGCGACCAACACAUCCCUGCCUUCCUAGGGUCUUCGUGUCAGUCAGCUCAUUUGGUCUCGUUUCUUACCGAAUGCGACAUCACUGAUACGCCGGAGUUCCUGCGUGCCUCGAACGACUUCCGUGAACAGUCUGGAAGCGUUAACACUCCCGGUUUUACUCAAGAAGCUUUCCAAGAGAAACUCGAUAAGGCCACCUACAACGCGUUCUUCUCGUCUCUUCCCGAUUCCCGCGAGCAAGCUCGUCUUCAGUCGCUCUCUCUGCCUUACGCCGGCGCUUGGCUUACCGCAGUCCCCAUUAAAGGUCUUGGCCUGCACCUGCUACCUGCUGAGUUCCAAGCUGCUGUCAGAUACCGCCUUGGUCUUCCUGUGUUCGCGUCUGCUCGUAGGUGCCCCGCGUGUCCGUCUGGCAUUCUGGACAUCCUCGGGGACCACGCUGUCGCUUGUGGGGGGAGUGGUGGCCGGAUCUCCCGUCACGACAGACUACGGGACAUUAUUUUCAAUGCUACCUCGGCUGCCUCUUUAGCCCCCAUCAAGGAGCAACGGAACCUCAUCCCUGGAGAACGGUCCAAACCCGGCGAUAUUUUUAUCCCUACUUGGAGCGCUGGUCGCCCAGCUGCUUUCGACGUCACCGUGACAUCCCCGCUGCAGUUAUCUCUUCUCUCUCGUGCGGCGGAGACCCCCGGGGCGUCCCUGGAAGUUGCUGAGGACCGCAAAUUUUCGAAACACGAGAAAAACUGUGAGGAACAAGGAAUCAGUUUUUUCCCGUUAGCAGUCGAAACGCUCGGGGGUUGGUCCGCUUUAGCUAUCAAAACCUUCAAGUCAGUUGCUAUCCUCGCUGAUGCCAGACGUUCUGGUUCACGUGACGCUCGUGUUGCCCCAGUUCGCCUUCUCCAGAGCCUCUCAGUGUGCCUCAUGAGAGGAAACGCCACUAUGAUUGUCAGCCGGGCCAUCUAG